AUGGCUGAUCAAACACAAAUAAUAAUUAUAACAUCAGAUGAAGAUAUUAUUCUUAAUAAACGAACAAUUGAUACUACUGAUCAUAAUCAAUCAAAAUCAGUUAAAACACAAAAGAAAUCAACUGAUCUAAUUUGUACUAUUUGUGGUGAUCGUGCUAUUGGAUAUAAUUAUGCGGUUCUUUCAUGCGCAUCAUGUAAAGCGUUUUUUCAUCGAAAUGGUCAUCAAGAUUUGGUUAGUUAAUUCUCUUCUUUUUUUCUGUUUAAUUUUAUGUUGCCCAUAUCGAAUGAUAUGAUCCGCUUGCGGUUACUCCUAAAAGGCCCGUAAAUAGUGAGGUUACAGCACAU